GUCACGGAAGCGGGACAAGCGUUCCCGCAGUCGAGCGCGGGAGGAGGAGGUGCCAGAGCUCACCAAGGCGGAGACCGGUCCAGAGGCGGUGCUGGGUCGCAAGGACAGCCACAACGCCGCGGAGAAGACCCGCGCGGCGUGGCGCCAGGAGAUGGAGAAAACGGCGCCUGCGGCCGAAGGCGAGAGCGAUGGGGAGGUGCACGGUGUGGAGGACGAGGAAGACGUGGACCGGAAGGUACAGGAGAGCCGGGCCCGCAGGGAGGCGCUCAUGGCCAAGUGGGUGAACCGUGGCGAGCGCAACGGGCCGGGGGAGAAUGCCACCUUGCAAAUGCGGGACAUGACUCGACAAGACGAGAAGCCCGGCACGCUGCUGGAGAAUCAUUUGGUCGGUGUCAAGGGCACUGAGGUCCAGGCACCUGCCUCGCCCGUUUCCGCGCCGGCCGUCGUCGAGGCCCUGGCGCCUGCACAGGCCUCCUCACCUGCUCCGGAAGUGAAGGCCCCGGAGCCAGCGCCGGCGCCGGUGCAGGACACGCCGGCGGCGGAGGCAGCAGCUUCUGUGGCGGCAUCGGCCCCGGUGCUGCCGAAGCCGGUGAUGGAGGCCGGCGAGCCGCAGAUCCGCGUGGCGCCGGUGGCGCAGGAUGGCUGGUCCUGCGCAUGCUGCUUCUGA